UGUCAACCAGAAUGGUUGACCAGCUCGUCAACUUUCUCACCAUUGAGAAGCGUGUUAUCACGAGCAGGUGGCUGAGCGCGGCGCUUGGGUUGCCAGUCACAUCAGCCAAAUCGCUCAUGGCCGAGUACGUCCACAAGUAUCUGGCCAAACCCAGCAACGUCCCCGCCAGCACGGCCUUUGCCACGUAUCUUGUGACGGGUACUCCGAAAGACGUCCAGGAGAAAGUCGCACGUGGCAGUGGCGACGAUGCUGCGCCGUUGGAGAUGCGCCUUGUCCACCAGGAUGCGCUUGCAGACAUCCUUACCCACUUUUCCAAGGUCAAAUCCUUUGAAGUCUACGCACUCUCCCCGUCCAAGCCUCUGGCCACUAGCAUUGUUAUCACUGAUGGAGAGUCAGCGACGUAUGCGUCCUCGCCAGCCUUACGAAAUACAAUCACCUGCAGCCUUGCAGUGCCUCGAAAGAUUUCACAGAAUGCCGCGCAAGGCACCGCUCGGCCCAUACUGCCAGUGAAGGCCCUGUCCGUGAAGGCGACGCCUGCUCCGGCGCAGCCAUCCACCGCUGCCGCUCCUCCAGCCAGCAGUGCGCCAGCCGAGGCGACGGCAACCACGCCUCUCGCGAAAAAGCCCUCUGUAGGCGCGCAGUCGUCUGUUGCCAGCAUGUUUGCCAAAGCAAAGACCCCGUCUACAUCGACAGAUUCAUCCCCAGCCUCGAAAGAAACCAAAGUAGCCGCCGAGCCGAUGGACGUGAGCCCGAGUCCGACCGCCCCCGCCAAAGCUGCGUCGUCCGCUAUUGCCAGCAUGUUUGCCAAAGCCAAGCCCAAGUCCUCUGAGCCCAAGAAGGAAGCCGAAGUGGCCCCUGCUCCCGCGGCUCCAACGGCGCCAACUGCAACUGCAGUGCCGAGUCCUGUGGACACACCGAAACGAAGGCGUGCAGUCGACUCGGACGAUGACGAGGAGGAGGUCAGGCCAUUGAGCAAAAAGGUGCAUCAUCAAGAAGUAAAGAAGCCCGAAGUGAAAAAGCCGCAGGAUGAUGACGAGGAAGAUGAAGACGAUGACGAUGAGGCAGCCUCGGCCGAGCGAGAUUUUGUAUUUGACGAGGAGCCUCCAACAGGCUCCAAGGUCGUUGCCAACAAGCCGGAGGCCAAGGCGGCACGUGUGCAGGUUAAACGGACAUUUGUUGAUGAAAAGGGUUUCAGAGUCACAAAGAUGGUGUUUGAAGACGCACCAGCCGACGAGACAAGCCCGCCGGCAGCGCCUGCACCCAAUCCCGCUCCCAAGUCGCCACCGAAACCAGCCCCUGCGCCAAAGAGUGCAUCUUCUAAUAAGACUGCAACAGCGACCCCACCAGGCUCCAAGCAGGCCUCGCUGAUGAGCUUCUUCAAAAAGUAGAAAUCAGAGCUGAAGCAGUUGAAUGGUUGUUUGCUCGUGUUCUGACUACAACAAACGAAAAACAGCAUCGCAUAUCCCCA